AUGGACCUUGUUGAGAUGGCUGCCGAACAACGCCAUGUUGGUUUUCCCUGUGACGAGGGCGUUUCUGAACUCCAACUCCAGGACCUCUCACUGACUACUGAAAACGGCACCAUUGUAUGCAACGUCUCCACCACUUCCAACCGUCUCUUUGUGCCGCCAUCCCUCCGUCUCAAAGUCCCUUCCUCCCUGCAUAACCUAUCGCAGCCUGGAAGUCCAGCUACCGACAAGCUGAUUUCCGACCGCUUCGUCUGGCCUGGGAUGCACAAGGACCUGAAAGCAUGGACACGUGCGUGUCCCCAUUGUCAGCUGAGAAAGCUCCAAUGGCACAACAAAGCUCCUAUCUGCACCUUCCCCACUUAGGACGCACGGUUCAGUCAUGUCCACCUGAACAUCGUAGACCAUCUGUUUUUGCUUAAUGGCUGUUCCUAUCUCCUUACUUGUGUGGAUCGUCUCACGCGGUGGCCGGAAGAUAUCCCUCUGCCUGAUAUCCUGCUUCAACAGUCGUCAAGGCUUUUCUCACUCGCUGAGUGGCCAUCUUCGGUGCUCCCUCUACCAUCUCGACUGACCGCGGUGACCAGUUCGAGUCUCACCUAUUCUAGUCUCUUCUCUCCUUUUUGGGCUGUACUCGCAUUCGAAAUACAGCCUCUCAAUCUGCAGUCAACGGGAUGAUUGGGCGUUUUUACCAACAGUUGAAGACCUUCCUAAGCGCUGUAGAGGGCGCGAUGAAUUAGAUGGACCAUCUUUCCCUGUUCCCGUUGGGUAUAUGCUCCUCUCUCGAGUCAGACCUUGGCUGUUCCGUCGCUAAACUCGUGUUCGGCACUACUGCCCGACUUCCUGGUGCGAUGAUCUCGCCAACUCCUCCAGGUGUGGCCGAGGAACCUUCCAACCUCCUGUACCGUCUCCGAUAAUUUGUGCGUACACGGCCUCCAGUUGCGCCCCCGCUAUCAGUCUUCAAGUCUUGUAUCGAGCAAGACAGUCUACCUAGGGUGUGACCGCGUCCGCCGACCAUUGAAGCCCCCGUAUGACUGAUCAAUUCUAGUUGCUUGUCGAGGGACGAAGACACUCCGACUUUGACGUGCAACUUGCGAAAAGGUCCUGAGCGUUGAUCACCCCAUACCUGCUGCGAUAUUGGUGACUCCGACAUGGUCCGCGGCCACCCAGCGUGAUCUGAACACGCAACCGCACAAUCCUCAUGAAUUCCCCUUUUGCCUUCAACUCAAUUUUCCUGCGUCAUUUGAUUUGACCAGGAUGCAGAGAAUCCAGUUUCCAACAUGCUGUCGUGAAGCAAGAUGGAAGUCAUUGACAAUGCAAGAAUAUCCCACAGUCUCCCCUCAAACACCUGCGAAGGAUCUUGCUUUGGACAGUCAGGCAUAGUGAGCUACCAUGAAACCUCGAACAAUCAUCUUCAGGAUCAUUCGGAUAGCCGCAGCCGGAGCAAAAAGAGCAGUUCGCACUCCUAGGCAACUCGAAUCAGUAUUCAAAAAACCAGAAAUUCCAGUCGUGUUUGAGUUUUUAUAGAACAUUUCGCACACGGAUCGGCCUUGUCGGACAUCUGUAGACGCAGUGUAGUUCUUAUAUAUCAGUUUUGUCUCUACCAUUGUUAAGUUUGCCGCCAACUAUACAAAGGCAAAAACCACCGCCACUACUCCCACCACUGAUGAGAACAAUGUCAUGGCCAUCAUCGUCCAGUCCGCCAGGGGUAUGUACUUAAUCCCAAUCGAUCCCCAUAAAGAUCGCACCUUAGCUUCCAUCACUGACACUAUCAACCACCUGCUAAUCCAAGUCACUGAGGCCGACCAACGAGUGUUUGGAACCCUGACCCACACCCGUAGCACUCGCCUGAUCUUCCCAACACGCCCUAGGACUCAAGACAGCGCAAGAGAUUUUCGGACACGUGCACACCCGCGAGAGGGGAAUUCGUGGAACGGUCAACUAGACGUGCUCAACUUUUUUACGCCAAAUCUCAUUCAUCCUCACCACCACCAUCACCACCACCACCACCACCACCACCACCACCACCACCACCACCACCACCACCACCAGCUCAACCACUAAAGUGUCAGCCUGUGCACACCACAAACGCACUUCUAAGUAACGAUUUGGUUUGGUCGGUUGCUAGUCAACCCGACGCGCUGAGGCUUGGAAACGGGUGCCAGGGUUCUAAAUCUGCACCGGUUAAACCCGCCAAACCUGCUCAUACUGUCGAAGGACACUGCGUCAUCGCACUGACCAUGAAAAUUUCCGCAAUAACUACGUUACCCAGACCCCAUCAUCACACCUUUUCCUACCUCCACUCACAUCUUCUUCACCCCGUGCGUCAUACAUCGUAACGAUUAUACCUCCUACCACCUAAUAAGCAUGUGAUAUGCUUCACAAUCGGCGGUCUAAAACCACUUAUUGGAAUAUGCACAUUUUACUUUGGUGGGAAGCGUGUUUUCUGACCGAUCCUGAUAUACCCGCGGUUGGCACCGGUAGAAGUGUUUUAUAGGUCUGUCGGGCACUGCGCUAGUUGAAGUCGCUUGAUAGAUGUAGACAGUCGACUGACGCAACGGAGAGCAAAAGAGAGAAUCAAGCCGGCAUUGGGGAAAUACAUUUACGGGACAAAUCAACGUCGUCCAGGAAGGGCAACUGAUUGUUUACUUCCUCUUCCAUAGUAAACUGAAUGACGGGGAAGAUUGAGUUCAACAAUGUCUUGAAAGCCUUCACCUCGCUCCUCUUGAUUACAACGAACGUGUCGUCGACGUAUCUGGCCCAGAACUUCGGGGGGUACGAGCUGAAGACCUGCUGCUCGAGUCUCUGCAAAACUGCUUCGGCAAUUAGUCCAGACAUUCGACGUGAUCUCAUUAUUCACCUCCAUCCCACCCGCGCUGGCUAUCGACACUAUUGAUGGCUUUCUCUGGGAAAAGUAUGAUGAGACCGACCAACAGCUCAAACGAGCACACAUCAUCGAGCUCCUAGAACUGUGUCUUAAGACCUUCUUUACAUUCAACGGCCAAGUCUACGAGCAAAAGAAGGGGACACCGAUGGGCUCGCCUCUGUCUGGACUAAUUGCCGAAGCAGUUUUGCAGAGGCUCGAGCAGCAGGUCUUCAGCUCGUACCCCCCGAAGUUCUGGGCGAGAUACGUCGACGACACGUUCGUUGUAAUCAAGAGGAGCGAGGUGAAGGCUUUCAAGACAUUGUUGAACUCAAUCUUCCCCGACAUUCAGUUUACUAUGGAAGAGGAAGUAAACAAUCAGUUGCCCUUCCUGGACGUAGAAGUUACGAGAUUGACAGACGGGAAGAUAAGGACAACGGUUUACCGUAAGGCAACAAAUACUAGGCGCAUCCUCCACUUCCGAAGCAACCACCCUGUUGGUCAUAAACGCAGUUGUGUCAGAACUCUCUUUCAACGUGUUCAAACACACUGUAGCGACGACAGUGGGAGGAAGGCGGAGAUGAAUUACUUACAGGGCCUUUUAAAAGCCAACGGCUACCCGAAGUCCUUCAUACGCAAAUGCCUUAAAAAGCCUCAUUUUGAGCGGUCGAGUGGAGAAAAGCCCAAGUUCUGGCUCUCUACCCUAUGUGAAGAACGUAUCAGAGACAACGGCAAGAAUCCUAAAACCUUUUGGAAUUGGCGUGGCUCAUAAACCAGAAUGUACCAUCAGACAGCAAAUCAUGAAGCCCAAGGACCCGCUACCAACAACAGAACAGUCGGCGGUGGUCUACAGCAUACCAUGUCUAAACUGCAAUGCAAGGUAUGUUGGUGAAACGGGCAAACGCCUCGGCACAAGAUUGCACGAACACCAAGUUGCAAUCAACCGCAAGGACAAGCUGUCUUUGGUCUAUGGCCACAUACGAGAACUGAACCACAAUUUUGCCUUUGAGAAAGCGAGGGUAAUUGGUCGAGCCAAUGAGAAGAUGGCCAGACUGGUGCUCGAAAGUUGGUCCUCGACUGGUACACUCAACCGAGCUAUAGAUCUCCAUCCCGCCUACCAAGCACUCCGUACAAGGCUCGGAUCAGUCCGGACAGGACCAGUAAGGCAAGCGAGCACGCGGGACCGAGAGUCAACGCUCACGGAAAAGAGCGGAAUUGGGGGCCAGAGGUCAUGUGACCAAAGCCGAACACUGUCUCACCGAUGCACCCUCGAAGCUGAAUGCUGCUCACCUGAACAGCAACGACCGAUCAGUCCACCGGCUGACGUGGGAGGGGCCAAACGGCACGUUGAUUUGACCACAACUAAGUCGACCCCAAAGGGAACAAAGGUCACGCAGGCCUAUCAGCGGUCAGCUCCGGGGAGGUCUAAGCCAGUCAGCGGCAAACAGGCAGGUCAAAGUUCGUGCGUCCAGCACGGCUAUAAUACGAGGCAAGCGGCAAGACCGAAUAACUCAAGACCCGCAAGUGCAACAAUUACGCUACUCUGAUGAUAGAAACGAGGAAUAUUCCGAAACGUCAGUUCGAAUACAAUAUGGUCCAUGGAUUCGCCCUCUCUUCUUCUUCGUCUUCUUUGGGAGAUGAUGAACGCGACAUUAGCCUAUAUAUAUGUAUAUAAGUUCAUAACUAUACAUCUGUUAUUCAUAUAUAUAAUUACCACCGUGUUAGCAUGGAUGAUAUCUAUCCCCAUCCUAUAAAUACUGUGUGAUGCCGUACGAUACUCACCUCCGACGAUGAAACCUUGUCUGCUUUUGAAACUUCAGGACAAUACAAUCAUGGUUCCCGAGAUCGCCUCUUCUUCUCAUAUAUAUAUAUAUAUAUAUGACUCCCUGCAUGACUCCCUGCUCGCAUCCCUCCUCAUACGCUAGUGAUCCGCCCCUCAAUGUUUGUGCUGUCGCGUCUACUAGCCUAGUGUGACUGUCUCACUCUCUCUUUUAUCUUCAUUACGUCUGACGACGGGUUGGUGUCACCAAUUCGAAAAUUCACGAGUACAACUCGAUUGUUUUUGAAGAACUUCUUACUUUUUCAUAUAUAAAUGUCUAUCAAUAUAGGCGAAAAAACUGAACACAUGUGUUAAGAUGGAAGUAGAUAAAGAGAUCUCUGGGGAGGAUGAUUCAUUCAUCUGAAGUUUCUCACUCAUUCUUAAGCGCAUCAUCGGAGAUAGACUAAAAGUGGGAAUACAUGGUUUAAAUAAGUCUUUCUUACUCACUGCUGAUGGAUCCAUUGUUUGCUCUUCUCAUUGGCCCUCCUUUCCUGCCUUAAUGGUGUAUGACGGCCUCGUAUGACGCCGGUAGAUCAAUCCUACGGUUGAUCGAGUUGACGUUGGAUUGCCUGGCUUCCAUCAUCUCUCUCGUCAUUUUGCUUUCAGCUCAGUCGAUUACUUCUGCCUUGUCGAAGCCGAAUUGAUGGUUUUGUUCGAGGCUAUGCAUAGCAGCCUGUGAUCGCACAUCUUUUUGCUUUACAGUUAGAGACUGCUCAUGCAUGCGCAACCGUAAUCGUUUGUCGGUCAGGAAACAUUAAUUUGCCCGACAGUCUAGGCAGUUGAAGCGGUCAACAAUUCCUGACGUGUCCUCAGGUGAUAACCGCCCCUUGGGCUGCAUGAGCAAGCGGCGGAUAGUGACAUCCGGCCGGUGUCCAAGGCCCACGUUGAGUGGUCUGAGCAUGCGUUCAAUGGCUUCGGAAACGUCACUUACGUGGGAUAAUACACGGAAGAUUUCACGUUGUUGUUUUUUUUCACCUUCGGUCCUCGUGUGCCUUUGAUAAAGGCAUUUGUUUAUGAAGCUACGUGGGUACUCACUGGAGAAAAUGAGACGCACAUUAUUGAGCUAUUGGACUACCGUUUGAGCACGUACUUUACUUUUAAUGGUCAGGUGUUCGAGCAAAUCCAGAGAACUCCGAUGGGAUCACCAAUCGCCGGCUACCUAGCUGAGGCGGUUCUACGAGAACUGGAAAACCGAGUUUUUCAGUCCUAUAUGCCAAAAGUCUGGAUGCGCUACAUGGAUGACAGUUUUGUCAUCCUGCCUCGCGACAUGAAAGAGAGGUUCAAAAUGGAAUUGAACUCAAUUUUCCCCCAAAUAAAAUUCACAAUGAAGGAAGAAAACGACGAAGAAAUUCCCUUUCUGGAUGUCUAG